AUGCAGCCCAUAGACUGGGGUAAUUACAAUGGUGAUGCUUGGGAUUUCAAGAGUCGAAAUAAGAUUACAGAAGACAUCAUUGAGAUGUUAAGGGACCAAGAGACAAUGUUAAUAGGGAUAUGCGGAAUGGGAGGGAUCGGAAAGACCACUUUCGCUAAGCAAGUCCUCCAAAAGGUAAGCGACUAUCAUAAGCCUUUAUUUGACUUUCAAGUUAUGUCCACUGUCUCGAAUAGUCCCAAUUUUAAUGCUAUCCAACAAGAAGUCGCAGAGAUGUUAGGGUUUUCUCUUAAGGACGUAGAGAGUAUGACUUUAAGAGCUGAACAUUUACGAAACGCGUUUAGUAACAAGAAAGUUGUUGUCUUGUUGGAUGAUGUCUGGGAAAAGUUUGAUUUAAUUGCUUUUGGUUUUCCAUUAACAAAAUCAAAUGUUGUUGGGUGUUGCUGUAAAAUUAUUUAUACAUCUAGAAACAAAGAUUUAUGGUCAGGUCAACAUACCAUUACCAAGAAGGAAUUCGGACUUGAAUUAUUGUCAAGUGAAGAAGCUUUUAAUUUUUUUAAAAGCAAAGUUGAUGUUAUUCAUUUUCAUUGGAAGAAUGAAAUAGCUACAGAAAUUGUAAAAGAAUGUGGACGAUUGCCCCUCGCGCUUGGGGUUGUAGGUGGCGCUCUCAUCGAAAAAGACAAACACGAGUGGGAGAAUAUGCUUUUUCAGUUGAGGAAUCAAGGUCAAGAUCAACAUACCAAAAAGAUAAACAAAGUCUUGGAAACGAGCUAUCAAUUCUUAGAAGAUCUCAAUGCCCAGUCCUUGUUCAUGCUCUGCUGUUUAUUCGGAGAAGAUCAGAGCAUUCCUAUUGAGACGUUGUAUCGUUAUGCAGUGGGUUUGCAGCUCUUCAAAGAUAUAAAUCACCUAAAACAUACAAGAGUUCAUGUCUACACCUUAGUGGACAACCUAAUAAGGAGAAAUUUGCUAAUAAAGUUUAAAGAUCCGUACCUUGACCGAGGAGAACGUGCAGUGAAAAUGCACGAUUUGGUAAGAGACGUUGGAAUUUCAAUUGCAGAACAAGAAAAAAAUAGUAUUCAUUUUCUAAAGUGUGAUGGUGUGAACCAACUACAAAAUAUAGUUACUCCACACACUAAGAUGAUUUCUAUAUUGUUGCAGAAGAAUGGUUUAGAAGUGAUUGAUAAGAUGGAAUUUGGAGACUCAAAAUUGGAACUACUACGGUUGGAUAGUACACAAUUUUAUAGAUUAAAUAUUAAAAUAUCAGAAAAUUUACGUAAAGAGGCGAAUAAUCUCAAAGUUUUAGAUAUAAUCGGCAAAUUAAGAAUGGCUAAUCCCUUCUUUCUACAAAUGUUUGGCAAUUUCAGGGAGAUUAGUAAAUUUCCAUUAUUUUCUUCUUUAGCCAAGUUGAAAAUGUUAUCACUAGAGGGAUUGAGUUUGGAUAUGACAACCAAUGCAUCUUCCAUUGGACAUAUUAAGUGCUUGGAGAUCCUUUGUCUUCAAAGGUCACGAAUAAAAGUUUUGCCAAAUGAAAUAAAUUGGAGGCUACAAAAAGAAGAGGUUAACGGUGUAGACAAUCAUGCAGCAGGACUUGAUGAGUUAAAUUUCUUACCUAGAUUGUGGAGAUUGGAAUUAGAGAUACCUAACAUUAAACAAGUACCGAGAGGUGUUAAGCUAUUUUCUUCUUCAACAUUAUUAGAACAAUUCAACAUAAUAAUAGGAGGACGUGAUUUUAUGAAACAUGGAAGUGAGGAAAGACGGUUGAGCUUGAAGAAUGUUGGAGAUAAUUUUUUACAUGAACUUGGGGUCUUAAUAGAAAAAGACAUUACUGAUUUAUGCGCUGAUUCUGGCAUUUGGGAGAAGAUGGAUACAAACAAAUUUCUAUCACUAAAAAAUAUUGUGCUUAAAAAGUGUGGAUCUCUUUUCCCACAAUCACCAUCUAUGCAGACUUCUAAACUUGGGCGUUGUUUACGGCAUAUUGAACUAUAUGAAUGCAAUGAAAUGACGCACUUAUGUUCUACAUCAACAUCAAGGAAUCUCACAAAUCUUCAAGCUCUUGUUCUCAAAGAAUGUGAAAUGACGGAAGAAGUUGUUAGGUUUUGCGAUGAUACGAAACAACUCGAUAAAAUUGAGUUCAAUACUUUGGAAACUCUUAAAAUUUGUGACUUGUCUAGGCUGGAAUGUUUUUGCAAAGGAGUAAACGAGAUUCAUUUCCAUAAACUCAAAAUAUUGGAGCUAAACGGAUUGAAAAAAUUUAUCUUCCCAACCAAGGUAUGA